AUUUAGGAAUUGCACAAGUGAACAUUUUCCUUCUUUUUUUGAACAGCUUGUAUUAAAAUCUUUAAGAAGUGUAGAGGUGUAUGUGAGGAUAUUAACCAGUACAGGGCUUCUAAUAAUGGAACAUAUGCUCCUUCCGAACAUCAGUUCAAGACCAGAAAUUGCUGAUUUCCCAGUUGUCCUGGACAAAUUGAAGUUUUAUUUAGACCUUGUUUAGAAUUCUUUUAAUAAAGGCAAGGCUGAGACUUUUAAUGAGCACAUUAAUACAUAAUGCUGAAAAUCUGUUUAGAACCACAUGCACAAGACAGAAGAAACUGAAAUAAAGCCUCACAGAUCCCCAUCUUCCUCUCAUGCAAGGCUAGGAAAAGAAUAUUGCAGGCUUUAAGUUUCACAUUCUGUUCAACUUGGCUCCUUGAGUGUGGACCAGAAAUCAUACUGUAUCUGAAACUGGGUUCAUUUUCAAAGCGAGCCUGCUUUAUACUAUGGUUUGUACAGCUACUUGUUUAAUUAACCAGAAUUUGUGGUUCUAUGCUCCUUGAGUAACUAUAAGCUAAGAUUAGGGGGAAAUGAAACAAAAAUUGACAUCUCCUCCUCUAGGCCCUAGCUUGUACAUAAUUAGUUAUAAGUUCUCACUAAUAUGGUUAUAAGUUAGGGGUCAAACAGAUGGGAGGUAAAAUGCAUGUGCAGCCAUGCUGGCACCAAUCGCACUGGGGCUGUGGCAACCAUACACACCAAGCCCCAAUCUGGGUCACUGCUGUGGUCCUGAAGGGGGCCUCUGGAAAGGAAUGGCUUUCAAAUGCUUCUUUUUGACCCAGUUUUUCCAGAUUGGGGUGGCCAUGGCAUGGCUUCUGGCCAUGUUCGGGGCAUGUGGGAUCUAAAUGCCAUGCCCCCAAUGUGGCCUGAUGGAGGUCUUUUUAUCCCAUCUGCUUGAGGCCUUAGUGAGGAAAAAGUAUGCUCCCUUGGUAGUAUAAAUCUUAAAAUUUACUUUUAUGGUGAAAGAGAUGUAGCCACACUAAACAGUUAUGAAAGAAUAAUAAUGUUAGCUUGUGCUGCCUCACUUUCUUUUAGGUAUGAUUAAGCAACAGAGGUAGACAGGAGGAGAGUGUGUUUUGCAGUGCCAGCUAUUUUAAAGUCACCAUUUUCAUUACUUGGGAGAGACAUAUUAGGAGGCAAGAAUGAGGAUCACUCCAGCUCAGUCCUUACCUGUGUAUUUGUGAGUCUAGAUGAAGUCUGAGAUUCACAGUCUGACACUUUCAACAUCUUCCUGCAACCAUGGAAUCUAGAAACAUUACCAGAGCUGAAAUUCUGAACAUUAUAUAACAAAGAAAAAUUGCUGUUUGGAUCUCUUGUUCUCUGGGAAGAAUAUCUGUAUUCAGAGUUAAGUAAUAAAAAUGUUCUCUUUGAGUUUUAUCUAGUACAUAAUGCUAUGUCAUAAUAUGUAAAGACCAUUAGAAAAAUGUGGAACAUAUGGUUGCACAUUAGCAGAUUUUCAAAUGAUCUGGCACAUGCAAUUUGUGCUUGCUUAUGACUGCAAGAAAGGUAUGCGUAUUUCCUAAGUGUGUUCCCUUGCUGAACUUGUUCAUUUGACUGUUUUGAGGCUCUAAGGGCAUUUGACUUGUCUCUGGUUUACAUUGUUUUAACCCUUGUGAUCCAGACAUUUAAUCCACAGUGCAGUUAUUUUCUUUUUGUUUUAUUUCCUUAUACUUAGUCUUUCAAAACCUAACUUUCCUUUUUGUCCUGUGACAUCCUCCUUUUGUAUAUUAUCUUCAAUCCUAUUAAAAUUUCAUUUUUCCUUCUGUCUCAAGGACAGAGCCUUUCCCUCUUUCCUUUUCAAAUAAUUGCUACUAACGUCUACCCUGUACAACUCUUUCCAGUAGUACUAAAUUAUGAAAACUGAGACUCAGACGCAUUUUAAAGCACUAACGAAAAUGAGGUUUCUCAAUUGCGUCAUGAACUGUCAAUGAAAGAUGAGCUGCUUCAGUUUUAUACCAGUGCUGCUGAAGAGAGUGAGCCAGAAUCUAUCUGUUCAACUCCAUUGAAAAGGAAUGAGUCAUCUUCCUCUGUCCAGAACUAUUUUCAUUUAGAUUCUCUUCAAAAGAAACUUAAGGAUCUUGAAGAGGAGAAUGUCGUGCUUAGAUCAGAGGCCUGCCAGCUGAAGACUGAAACCAUUACUUAUGAAGAGAAGGAACAGCAACUUGUAAAUGAUUGUGUGAAGGAGCUCAGAGAUGCAAAUAUUCAGAUUGCUAGUAUAUCUGAAGAAUUGGCCAAGAAAACAGAAGAUGCUGCUCGACAACAAGAAGAAAUUACCCAUCUACUUUCUCAGAUAGUUGAUUUGCAGAAGAAGGCAAAAGCUUGUACAGUAGAAAAUGAAGAACUUGUACAACAUCUGGGAGCAGCUAAAGAUGCCCAAAGGCAGCUCACAGCAGAAUUACGAGAGCUGGAAGACAAAUACGCAGAGUGUAUGGAAAUGCUUCAUGAGGCGCAAGAAGAACUGAAGAACCUUAGAAACAAAACAAUGCCAAAUGCCAUAUCACGCCGUUACCAUUCAUUAGGCCUUUUCCCCAUGGAUUCUUUGGCAGCUGAAAUUGAAGGGUCAAUGCGAAAAGAACUUCAUCUGGAAGAACCUGACUCCCCUGACUUAACCCAUCACAAGAGAGUCUUUGAUACAGUACGAAAUGUCAAUCAGGUGGUAAAACAGAGAUCCCUAACUCCAUCUCCAAUGAAUAUCCCAGGAUCGAACCAAUCUUCAGCAAUGAACUCGGUUAUUUCUAGUUGUGUCAGCACACCACGGUCAAGCUUCUAUGGAGGAGACAUCUCCAGUAUUGUGAUAGACAACAAAACUAAUAGCAUCAUCCUAGAAACUGAAUCUACUGACUCUGGAAAUGAUGAAAAGAACAAAAAACCUGGAACCCCAGGAACACCUGGUUCCAGUGACCUAGAAACAGCUCUUCGCAGGCUGUCCCUUCGAAGAGAGAAUUACCUGUCAGAGAGGAAGUUCUUUGAAGAAGAGCAAGAAAGAAAGCUGAGAGAAUUGGCUGAGAAGGGAGAAUUCCAUAGUGGCUCCAUUACUCCAACGGAGAGUAUCAUGUCGUUGGGAACUCACUCCAGGUUUUCUGAAUUUACUGGAUAUUCAGGAAUGUCCAUCAGCAGCCGCUCAUACCUCCCAGAGAAGCUUCAGAUUGUGAAGCCCUUAGAAGGUUCCGCCACUUUGCAUCACUGGCAACAGCUUGCUCAGCCUCAUCUGGGAGGUAUUUUAGACCCACGGCCUGGAGUUGUUACUAAGGGCUUCCGGACUCUGGACCUUGACCAGGAUGAAGUAUACUGCCUUAAUGAUUUUGAAGAAGAUGAGUCAGGUGACAUUACAUUCAAGGGCCUAGCUACCUCGACGCCGAUCCAGCACACUGAGACCUCAGGUGAGAGGUCCCAAGCACAAGUGACUGUUUCAGACAGCGAGAAUUACCCAAGUCGCUCUCAGGCUUUCCCAGAGGAGAUGCAGGAACCCGCGACUGACGAUGAUGAGGGGUCUGUACAUCAUCCGGGGAAGUGCAUGUCACAAACCAACUCCACCUUCACCUUCACCACCUGCCGCAUUCUGCACCCUUCUGAUGAGCUCACACGAGUCACUCCAAGCCUUAACGCAGCACCUACUCCAGCUUGUAGCAGCGUUGGCAAUUUGAAAGGCACCCCAGUUGCUACCCCAUGUACUCCUCGGCGUCUGAGUUUGGUGGAAUCCUUCACUAAUCUUCGGGAGUCAACAACUACAAUGAGCACAUCCUUAGGGCUUGUGUGGCUGCUCAAGGAACGAGGGAUAUCAGCAGCAGUGUACAACCCUCAAAGCUGGGACAGAGCUGGCAGGAGCACCCUCCUGAGUACUUACUGUCCUAAAAUGGCUGCCAUUCCUUCCACUCCUCCAAACUCACCUAUGCAGACACCCUCUUCUUCCCCACCAUCUUUUGAAUUCAAAUGCACGAGUCCCCCUUACGACAAUUUCCUUGCUUCCAAACCAGCCAGUUCCAUUUUGAAGGAGGUGAGGGACAAAAAGAGUAUCAGGAACAGUGAGAGUCAGACUGAUGUGUCUGUCUCCAACCUUAAUUUAGUGGACAAAGUAAAAAAGUUUGGAAUUGCCAAAGUAGUUAGUUCGGGGCAACCACAAGAUCCUUCAUUAACUCAUGAACAUGGACCUCUGCUCUGUGGGGCUCAAACGCCUGUGAAAGCCUUUGUUCCUGGAGGCCUGGUACCAGAAGGCCUGCCUUUGGGUUGUCCUGCUGCAACAAGUGCUAUUGCGGGCAUUCAGUUGAACAGCGGCAUUAGAAGGAAUCGAAGCUUCCCAACUAUGGUGGGUUCCAGCAUGCAGAUGAAAGGGCCAUCAACUUUAACACCUGGCAUCCUAAUGGGAGCUAAGCUUCCCAAACAAACAAGUUUAAGAUGAGUGACCUACCAAACACCCUCCUUCAGACAUUUUUAAAAAGAUUUUUUCUUCCAUUUGCUGUUGAGUUUGACAAAUCAACUUUGUGCCUAAUGGAGGGGGGAAAGUGUAAACUUUGUACAGGAAUGUAUAUAUGUACUUGAUGUAUUAUAAGUGAAUCAUGACACAGUUUUGACAAUUUAACAUGAUAACCUUUUGAAAAGCUGUUUUGUUUUUCUUUGCACUGAAAAAAAAGCAAUCUUGAGUUAAAAAAUAAUUAAUUCUCUAGUUAGCUUAGCUUGACCUUGCACCUUCUCUGGCAAGAGUUAGGUAUCAUGCUAUCAGAAUUAUGGAAUGCUAGUGCACAUAAUAACUCCCACAAAUACAGGGAGUUUUGGUUGUUCAUCAAAGCAGUAACUUAGCAUUUGAUCAUUUUGUUUUGCCCUUGUAGAGGGCGGGGGUAUCCAAAAUCAUGGUUUAUAUGGCUAACUUAUUUAAAAGGGUUUUUUGUCCCUCCCUUACACAAUAAACUUGAAAUAAUUGUGUGUUGAGAAUGAUUGCUAAGCCUGCUAGAUGUCUGGAAAGAGAACACGCCUUUGUUGCUUUUUCUAGCACAUCCAUGUUCUGCGUUCAUUUUAUUUUUAAUGCUGCACUGAAGUGUGGAAAGAAGAGUGCUUAAAAUAGUGUUUUGUUGCAGACACUGAAAACACAUGCCUCACAAAAACAAAACAAAGACUCAUUAGAGUUAUUUCUUGCUUUUGUAAGGUUUUAAAAACCACUUCUAUCUUGGGAGCCAAAGUCACUGAAAGAGUUAAUUGUAGGUAUGGUUAAAAAUCCUAAUUUAAACCAAUGUAGUAUAGUAUGUGUCCUUAGAGAAUAAUUUCAAAUAAUGUUUAACAGGGGUGCUCAAGUGAAGAACAAUGACAUUUUCAGCUGCUUCCCGCUUCUUCUCUCCAGAUUUUGAAGUAUUAAAAAGGAUCCAGUGGAUAGUUUUCUAAACAUAGAAUAUUUAUCUUUCAUAUCUAUUUCCAUCAGACCCAAGUUAACAUAGAUACUAGGUAUUACCAGCCAAAGAUUUAAUAUAAUUUACCUAACAUCUUUUGAAAAACUUCAGCAUUUAGAUUUUUCUUCCCCAAAAAAAACAAUGGUCCUGUUUAGAUCAAACACUAAAUUGCAUGUUAGCACAAUAUGUUUAAGUUGUGGUUAUUUCAAACAAGCCACGAUUAAACAGCAGCUGUUUAAAGCUUCACUUAAUCCAGAUGUAACAGGAAGCUCUGUUUAGUUUAGCUUCCAUUCUUGCAACUGUGUUAAAGGAGAAGUGAGAUAGCUCAGGGCUCAUUCAGCUAAUAUUAAAACAUUGCUUAGCAUUCUAUCCAAAACAGACCAAUAUAUAGAAACUUGAAAUAAUGUCUGAAAGGACAUGAGAGCAAAUAGAAACGGUAUGUAACUUGAUACCUGCCAGAUAUUUUUGGGCCACAGCAUGCAUAAAUUCCAGCCAGUAUGUAUAGCGAGUGAUUGGGGUCAGGGUAGUCCAAAACAUCUGGAGGUACCAGAUUGCCUACUCCUGAAGAAAUAGAUAAGAAGCAUAAUGUACCAUUAAGUUCUUCUGUCAAGCCUCUUUGAAAUGAGUGGGAGACAUACCAGAAUGAUGUUAUACGACUUUGGGUCCAAACAGACAGUCCAAAAUAAAGCUGCUUUGGGUCACUUUGGAGGUAUGUUGUUUAAAUGACACAUGCAUCUUAAGGGGGCAGAAGCUGCAUCAACGCUGCGCUCCAGGCCUUAGGACUGGAGCAUGGCUGUGGCGUGGCUUCUGGCCUCUAAGGACACAUGCAGCAUUGAAACAGCAUACCUCCAAAGUGACCUAAAGCAGCUUUAUUUUGGCCUGUCUGUUCGGGCCCUAUGAUUCAUUUCAAUAGGACCAAUGAAGAGAACUUCUUGGUGGCUUGAGCACCAGAUCCAAGCUUAAUUCUGAGUUUUCUUUUUGGUGCAGUAAGUAUGUAUAGGUUGUGUGGGUGGCUGUUGCUGUUCUGGGCUAAACCAAACCCAGUUAUUUAUUUUGAUGCCAGUACUGCACUACAUGUAUUUGCUGUGCAUUGCCAUUGUGCCAGACUGUUACUAAAAUCAUUAGCACUGAUAAUUAUUUGUACUAGUGGAACUGUAAUGGGCUUUUUUUUAAGGUGACAGGUGAGUCCAUUUUCUUUAAAUGAAGUAGCUAGCAUUGAUAUAACAGUGAACAAUGAGAAUGUUAGAGGAGAGCAAGAGAGAAGAUGAGCACAUGCAUUAGCCAUUGCAUGUGUUUUCAAUUUCUAUUUAUUCUACAAACAUUUCAGCACAUUCUCUUUGGCUCUACUUGCCAACUGUUUGUGUGCACUUGACUGCAAGUAUGUAACUUUAUCUUUUUAUCUGAAUGUAUCUUAAUACAAAAUUAACCAUUUUGAAUAGUUAAAAAAAUCAUGAAUGUAUUAGGACCUUUUGAUGUACCCCGAGAAAAUAAUAUCAUUUGUGGAAUAAAAAAGGAGAACCAAAAUAUUAAAUUGGAAAGUAUUGUUCUUUACUCUUUUUGAGCAGUAAAUAGUCAACCAUUCUAAAAUGCGGUAAUAGAGCACUGAAAAAUGGCAUUUAUUUUUUUUCACAAGUGAAUAUCAAUAAACCAAUAAAGGUGUUGCGACUUAUUUUA